AUGCCGCCGCCGCCGCCUCCACCCACCCCCUGCGCCGGGGCCGCCGCAGCCCGCCCCACCCUGGGGCCCCUGGUCGCAUCCCCCCACGGACUGCGCGGGCGCGGGCGCUCAGCCCGCUCCUACGACCGCGCGGCGAGUCCUCGGCACACCCGUUACUCACUCCCGGCCUCGACCCCCGGCCCGCAGCCCGCGGCCCGCCCGCCCGCCCGCCCAGGCUUCAGCGCCCCUUCGCCCCAGCCAACCCCGCCGACGCCGGUCCGCCGGCCCAGACGCUGGAUUCCAGACGGGUCCGGGUCGGGCUCGCUCACUUCUUCCGCCUCCUCCGGCCCCGCCCCGGCCCCGCCCCCACGUUUGCUCCCGCCCAGGCCCACCCCUCGCGGCCUCCACUUCGGGCCACUCCCAGCGCCUCGUAGCUACGGAACAGCCUGGGGCUGCUUGCGGCGUGGCCCCGCCUACGCGGCUGGUUUCUAG